AUGUGGAUAAAUAGCAAAUUAAUUAUGAUCUGUGUACUUCAAGUAGCACUUAAUACACGAACAACAGCAGUAAAAAGGCAAAGAAGAUAUCUAUUAUUCACACCAAGCACACAAUGGGGAGUGUUCGCAACGGUGUCUGUGCCGCUACCAAGUGACACAUUGGUGAGCGUCGCUUGGUUUUUCGAAGCGAAUUACUAUAACGUGGACAAUGCAACUUAUUUGGAACCAUUGCUUGGAGAUAUUGACGCACCAAGUCUCCGUCAUCUAAGGAAAUCCAGAGACAACAAACAGUUUUUAACUCGACGGAGUUUGUAUAUAUUUAUUGAGGAUAUGCUAGAAAGACACGGCUACCCGAGGCUAUGCUUACUCAGGACCAUUUGUGAGAACUCUUCGCAAUUCUUGCAUAACGGCGUCCUAGGCGAUUUACUCCAUCUUAUUCUUACGCCUUCAGCAUCCAUAUCAGAAGACGAUGUUGAUGAUUCCUACUACGAGGCGGAAUAUUGGGGCCUGGAGAAUAAAUGCGAGGACUACAUAAAUCUUUGUCAAAUCAGUCCUAUAGAGAGAAUUUCAAUAAUAUUAUAA